AUGCCGCCCAAGAGCAAGUGGCGCCAGCCGGACGCGGUGCACUUCCAGGUGGUGCACCGCUCGCAGCGUGACGCCGAUCCGGAAGCGGGACCCCAUGUUUUGAAACCAUUCCGGCCUCUGAACGAGCAAAAGGGAAAAACGCGUGCCGAUCUCGCGCGCGAGGAUCCGGCGCUGGCCGAGAGCAGCAAAUCGCGCAGCAAUGUCGGCGAGGCGGCGCUGUAUGGCGUGUACUAUGAUGAUACCGACUAUGACUAUAUGCAGCAUCUGCGUCCGAUGAACGAUGCUGAGAAUAGCAAGCACGGCGGCGUCGACGAGGAGGACGACACGGAUGCCGUGUGGGUCCCGUCGGCGGUCCAGCCCAAGGACCGUGCGCCAAAGAGCUUCGCAUUAAAGGAGGAGAAGGAGCAGGAGCCGACGCUCAUGCUGCCUGCGUCUGCGUUUGCAUCGAACGAGACGCCGCUGGAAUACUCGUCGCCAUACGACGUCGACCCAUCGCUGCAAGGCCUGCAGCCCGACAUGGACCCCCACCUGCGCCAGACGCUCGAGGCGCUGGACGACGAGGAGUUUGUCGACGACGAUCUCGGUGACGACUUCUUUGGCGGCCUGAUCCAGGAAGGCCAGUGGGACGGCAAGCGCGAUGCGGCCGAUACGUGGCGCGACGAAGCGCCGGAAGGCGACGCCAUCUGGCUCGAUCCGGUCCAGCGUGCGCUGCGUGAGCGCGAAGAGGCCGAGAAAGAUGGCAAGGAGCUCAGUCUCGAGGCGCGUAUUGCGCUCUUUAAGCAUAACCAGGCCCAGGCGACGUCCGACGACGAGCUCUCGGACGCAGAGACGGCGGAGGCGCGCGACCAGCUCGGCGGCCUGCCCGCCGCGAUGCCCAAGGCGAUGCGUGCCCCCGGCUCCGUCUCGUCCACCGGCUCGGCGCUCGGCAAGUCGGGGCGCCCAGGCGCGCUGGCGCGCCGUGCCGCGUCGACAAAGGCGGGGAGCGUCGGCGGUGGCUCGACGGUGUGGUCGAUGAGCUCGUCGGCAAUGUUCCGCAACCAGGGCCUGACGGACCUCGACGACCGCUUCGACCGCGUCCUGCGCAAGUACGGCGUCGAGACGGGCGACGGCGAUCUCGAUGCGCUCGCGGAGGAAGAGGACGAAGAGGAGGAAGAGCUCGAUCACGACAUGGUCGAGCAGAUGACGCGCGGCGACUUUGACAAGAUCAUGGACGAGUUCCUCGACAAGCACGAGGUCGUUGCCGGCAAGAUGCGGCCGGUGCUCGGCGACCGCACGACGACCGCCGACGAGAAGCUCGAGAUGAUCCGCAAGGGUCUCGGCGAAGUGCGCAUCACCGACAAUGGCCAGGACGUCGACUCGCCUGCGUCCGAGAACCCCUUCUUGAAUCCCAGCAUUAUCGGCGCGGACCGCGAGCAGUGGGACGUGCAGACGGUCCAGACGACCAAGACCAACCUCGAGAACCACCCGCGGACGAUUGCAGCGGCCGAGAGCGUCGCGCCGACCGCGUCGCGUGCGCCGACCGUGAUCGGGGCGCGUGCGCGCAUGCUCGAGGCGGACGAGAAGCGCAUUCCCAAGAUCAAGAUCCAUCCCCGUACCGGCGUGCCCCAGAUUGUCGGCUACACGGUUGCGCAAAAGGACAAAAAGGCCCAGGAGCCUGCCGAGCCUACCGAAUCUACACAAGAGCCCGAGGCGGAGCUGUCAGACUCGGACUCGGACGAGCGACCCGCCCUUCCCCACAAGCGCGACCGGAACGAGUCCAAAGAGGCGCGGCGCGCCCGGAAAGAAGCCGUCAAGCUCGAAAAGCAGACACGCCGCGCGGACAAGUCCGCCACGAAAAAGUCCUUUGCCGACGAGCGCAAGCGCCAGCUGCACGCCGCGCAGCGGCAGCACGAGGCGACCGGCGGCCAAGCCGCAGCGCACCUCGCGUAG